UUUGCAUUUUUUUCAUAAACUUUAUUCAUUAAUAUUUCUCGAAAGUAUAUCAUUAUAUUCUAUAUGAUAAUUAUGUAAAACAGUUGGAAUUAAUAUAAGAUUCCUAGAGAUAGAAUAUAAGAUUUGAUUUCAUCCGGGAUCCUAAGAAUAUCUUUUUUUUUUCUACUAGCACAGUAAAGAAUUUUUAUAAAUUAGCGAAUCAUGUAUUCGACAGAAGGAGAGGGAUAGAUAGAUAGAUAAAAUAAAAACGUGUCUUAAAGACGACAUCUUGGAGAACAAACAGAGCAAUAUAAAGAGUCUCCAAACAGGAAUGUUUUUACAAUUGUCCGAUGAGGUAUAUAAUUGGCGUAAGAGUGAAAUUCAUCAUCAAUGUACGAAGUUCCAUCCACGAUGAAGAUAUACUUGGCAUAUUUUCUUCUUUGGGGUUUCAUAAGCAACCACCAGUUGGUUGAGGCUACAGAAGUUGAAUCUUCAUCAGCAACAGUAUUGGUUGAUGAACCAUCAACGAGCGUUAGCGAUAACGCGAGUGUCCUUGAAACGAGUUCAUACAGAUCGUCGUCCGGAGAUGGUCAAAAGUCAAUUAGCUCGAAUUCGUCUAACUUGGUAGAGAAAGAAUCGAAAGGAGAGACUUUAGCGAAGGCUGUAUUGAAACAAUCGGACGAUAAUGUUCCAGAAAGCAACAACGAAGUAUCAUUGGAAGCGGCCAAGGGGAAAGUAGAGGCAGAAUCAAAGGUCCAAGUUGAUGCCACUGCUGACAAAGAAGCGGAUAUCGAAACAAAGUCUACGGUGAAAGUAGAAACCGAAGCCAAUGCACAAGCCGAAGAAGAUGCAACUCGAGUCAGGGCCAAAGCGAAAGCUCGGGCCGAGGUCGAGGCUGAAGAUAGAAUACGAGCGGAGGUAGCUAAACGAGUGUUAGCAUUAGCCAAGGAAGAGGCCAAGAUUCAAGCUGACAAAGCGGCGAAAGCAAAUGCCGAUGCUAUCGCGAAAGCUAAAGCUUACGUGAAAGCAUCCUUAGCUGCUGAAAAAGCUGCCGCGGAUGCAGCCGAGAAGAUGAAAAAAGCUAUGACAUUGCAAACGGCCGCAGCUAUAAAAGCAGCAGCUGCUAAAACAGCGCUUGCGAACGGGGAGACGGCAUCUUUGCGUGCAGUUGCAUCCGCGGCUGCGGCCCAGGCCUCGCAAAUCCAAUCCUUGACCGCUGCCCGAGCUGGUGCUAUCGCACAGAGAAACAGUUUCUUGCGGGCUUUGACAACUAGCAAAGUUGCCGCGGCAAAUGCGGCUGCUGGGAAUGUCGUUCAGGAAAAAGCGGUCGUCCUUAAACAGAAAGUCAACCGAACCACGAACGAUACCGAAGCGGCUGCUGUAGCUCAAGCUAAGACCAAAGAUGAAAUAUACACGGCAGUUUUGAAUCAAAACGAUGCCUCUAAGACAGCCAUUAACACGAAUGUCUUGGAACUUGCCGCACUUGAGGAAGCCAAUGCAGCGUUUCAGGAUAUUCUUGCGGUCAACAUACGUCCUUCGAGAUUUUUUAUCCCUCAAAGAAACCAUUUGAAAUCCCUUGUCUUGAUUAAUGACGAAGAUUGAUCAAUAUUCCUUUACAAAUCUUACGAUAUAUGCUCUCUUUACGUGAGCAUUAUGAAAUCCAAUUGUUAAGAAAAAAGAACUUCUGCGUAUAUAAUAAAUUGAAAUGAUAGUA